AUUUUGUUUUGCAGGUCCACAGCUGUUAUCGCUUUAUUAUUAUUGAUAUUCGCUGAAAUAUAAAUUAAUCUCAACUUCGGCUACUGACUGCAGCACAUAUUGAAGAAUUCACACGACAAAAUGACCCAAAUUCUGGAUUGGGCAGUCAUAGCAGCGGUACUCCUUAUUUCCUGCAUUAUAAGUACUCAUGCGAAAGUGAGUAUAGAACAGAAGAACCCGCUAGCAUCGCACCAGACGCAUUUAGCGACAAUGCAGAGCAUUCACAACCAGCCCGCACAUCAUCAUGGCCACCACCACAAGGUACAAUUAGUGACCGAACAACAACAACAAAGACUGCAGCAACAAAGACCACAGCUACAACGUCGACAGCGUCGUCUUGGCACAUUCACCAAGUCUGGUACUACCUCGACCUCGGAUGUUGAAUCGAUAUAUAACAGAACUAGAAGCAGCCUGAUCGCUUCACCAGCAUUGCUGCAAAAGUCGACGCGACUCCGCCGUUUGAGCGCGCGGGAUUAUUACAACAACAACAACAACAACAACAACGCAGUGCAGCGUCGUCUCCACAACCAUCGAGGCAAUUCGGAAUGGAAAUACCAUGUCUACAAUGUGCAUAGCAACACAUAUGAAUCGCCGACAGGUAUGUCUGGUCCCGGCGCCGUAACGAUAGCUGGCGGCAGUGGCAAGGGGGACGACAACACCAACGACGUGGAGUUUAUCAGUCAAUCGGGAACAACAGGAGGGGUCAGUCCGGAUUGGGUUAGCAAUCGACGCGACCUUGGGUUUAUGCCGCCACACACAACCACUGCGCCUUCGACACAUGCCCCUCCACCGUUAGUGCCGCCUCGACGCGGCUAUGUCACAGCUGCGUCGCCUAGUCAAAGCGCUGCUGAUCUGCCACACACCACAGAUGCACCGAAAGUAAGGAAUAGCGUCGAUGUGAAGGAAAUGGAAAAACGCCAUAUCUGCGUGCAACAGCGUACCAUCACCAUGCCCGUGAAGACAACUGAAGUGUACGCUAGACCAAUCUGGAAGCAUGUGAAUACGCCAUGCAGCGCUGUUCAGGUGCAGACACAGAACCCAAACCAGAUGUGCACGAGGGUACAGCUUGUCCACGAGCAGGCCUUUCGGGAUGUAAUACGCCACAAAUCAGCGCAACAGGUCACAUACGAUUGCUGCAACGGUUGGGAGCGUGAACUGCCACAGUCGGACUCUUGUCUAAAACCGGUUUGCACAAAUCCUUGCCAGAAUGGCGGCACCUGCACAGCUCCUGAUGUCUGCAGUUGCUCACUGGGGUUCACAGGGCAGUUCUGCGAGCACGAUGUAAAUGAGUGCGAAGAAGAGAAACCCUGCGACCAGACGUGCAUCAACACAGUUGGCUCAUACUUUUGCAAAUGCCGUGAAGGUUUCGUUCUACAACCGGAUCAACAAAGCUGCAAAAAAAAUG